CAGUCAAAGAAGAGAUUAGAUAGUUUGUUCCAAAUUAAGAUGAUGGAUAACGUUGGAGGCAGUUCCUCUAAUAUUGCUGAAAAUAGUGGCAUCAUCAGGGAACAGGACCGGUUGUUGCCAAUAGCCAAUGUUGGGAAGAUCAUGAAGCAGAUUCUACCUCCGAACGCAAAAAUCUCCAAGGAAUCGAAGGAAACAAUGCAAGAGUGCGUGUCGGAGUUCAUAAGCUUUGUAACCAGCGAGGCGUCGGAGAAGUGCAGGAAGGAAAGGAGGAAGACAGUGAACGGGGAUGACAUAUGCUGGGCCUUGGGGUCGCUUGGUUUUGACGACUAUGCAGAGCCAUUGAGAAGGUAUUUGCAAAGAUAUAGAGAACAAGAACUAGAUAGAGCAAAUAACCCCCCCAAAAGAGGAUAAGAGCCUCUUUAGUAUAAUUUCUCUCAUAGAUGAUAUGAUAUCUAUAAAUUAAUUAAUAUUUAGUUAAUGGAGAAUUAAUUUUAGUUUAAAAAAAAAAACUCAUUUCAUUAUUUUCUUCUCAUGUAAGAGGAUUCAUAGAAAAGCUUAUCCAAACACGUCUUAAAAUUUAACCAGAGGAACUAAGCAUAAGUCUGAGACAGGCUAGUUUAAGGUUUUGAGGAUGAUGAGAUAAUUAAUUCAUUUAACAUUUUUCUUGUCUGUUGUUACGUAUAUCUAUAUGUGUGUGUUGCAGCUGGUAUCUGCAUCCUUUUAUUGAUUGAUUUGUUAUGUAUUUGAGAUCAAUAUGAAUCCUGCCAUGUGUUUUAUUGCUUGGCCAUACAGUGAUACACAUGAUAUAUGUGAUAUAAAAUAUCACUAGCUAAAUCAAACGACAAAACAUUCCGUACAAUCCCAAGCCCCUCCUUUUUCGUUAUCAUUGACCACAAAUUCUAGCAUGCAUGUUCUAAUUCUGUAAGGAUUAUCCUUAUACAUAUUCAAGAUUAAUAUGAAAAGAUGUUUAUUAUCCUCUUCAAGCAAAGUUCACAACAAGACAUACAGAAAGCCUGAGGUUAGUACAUCACUGUCAUCGUGCACAUAUAUACCAUUUGAUCCGAAUCCGAUGUUUCGUAGAGGAGAAUCUAGGAAUUUGCUACCAUUUCUAAUAUAUCUAUUGUUGUAUUCCCAGAACGAUUUCCAUGAAUUCUUCAUCACUUAUUUAGAACCUGAGUUUUUUCAUCUAUGUUGGAAACCCUUAUGAA